CGUGUAUGAGGUGUCCUUGGAUAGCCUUUGAAGUCUAUUAUCUCAAUUGAGUGGUCUUUGUUCGAGGAGAGAAGGCUUAUCUUGCAAAAAUCGAGCUGGAACGAGCAAAGGUCUGUGAACUCGAGCUGUGAGAGUGCUGAGACUGUUUGGUCGAUAUCUCGAGUUUUACAAGUCCAAUUAAGGCGUGUGAGAUACCCACAGAAAGCUCUCAAGACGAGGAAUCCGUGAAGGUCUGGUUUGCAGGAAUCGGAGUUGUGGAAGGCUUCCAAAUCGUCCGAGCAAAACACAACCUCGCAGGAGAGGAUUUAAUCUUCUAAAGAAUCGAGUUAGCCGGAAAACACCCGUUCUAGGGGCUGUUUUCGUAUCAACGAUUAAGGGUUGAACUAGCACUUUGAGGAGGCUGUUUAACACUCAUAUUUGAGCAAGGAAUCAGUCCCAAAUCCACCUUGACCAAAGAUUUGACCAUUGGACCAAGAAGGGAAAGUUUAAAGCUCAAUUGAGGUUGAGGCUAGAGCUUGCUUCCUGUGCUCGUGGAUCGAGUGAUUCCUUGGAGAGAAGACUUGAAAUGGACCGUGGUGGCAGGAUUACUAGGAGAAACCCGACGGGUCGUGUACCAGUGGAGACUGGACAGGGCAGUCGAAGGACCUCUAGGGCAUCUAGAGGAGCUGGCCGUGGAGGCCAAUCACAGACCGUGAGUGACGGUCAUGUCGACACGGAAAGUGAAACCUACUGGUCCUAUGAGGACUCGACCUAUCGACCGGAAACUGAACCGGUUGAGACCCCUUAUGAAGGGGAUGAUGAUGAUGUAAGUGAUGAGGAGGAAAAUGGCUCCUUAGCACGGAUUGAAGCACUACUUCAACAGUACCACCGUGAGCGUGAGGAGAGGAGGGAACGCCGAAGGCGCCGGGCUGGGCAACCUUCGGGCGGGGCUUCAAGAGGGAGAAGCCAUGGCGACUCUAGGGCCCACAUUGAACCACAUGGGGGUCGGGGUGAUGGAGGUCCAAUCAUAAGGAUCUCCAAAUACAUCAAAGAGGCACGAGACUUGGGGUGCAAACCGUUCG